AUGCGAUUAACUUCCUCAAUGGGAUUCGGGUCGGGUUCUCUAAUGUGGUUCCGAAAGGGUAUUCGGAUCCACGAUAACCCGGCACUCGAUUAUGCUUCCCGAGGAUCUUCUAAUCUCUAUCCUCUUUUCAUUAUUGACCCGCAUUAUAUGAAACCCGACCCGAACGCUUUCUCGCCCGGUUCUUCUCUAGCGGGUCUCAACCGUAUCAAUUUCUUGCUUCAAAGCCUUACCGACCUUGAUCUUAACCUCAAGAAGCUUGGUUCUCGAUUGUUGAUACUCAAGGGUGAUCCUCAUGAGGUUCUCAUUCGAUGCUUGAAAGAGUGGGACAUCGGAAAACUAUGCUUUGAGUAUGACACUGAUCCAUAUUAUCAAGCUCUGGAUGUUAAAAUCAAGGACUAUGCUCUUAAGGCCGGGAUUGAGGUUUUCUCUCCUGUAAGCCACACUCUUUUUGAUCCAUCAGAUAUUAUACAGAAGAAUGGAGGGAAGCCGCCGCUUAGUUAUCAAUCAUUUGUGAAGCUUGCCGGGGAGCCGCCAUCUCCACUCUCAACCAAGUAUUCUUCACUUCCUCCUGUUGGCCAUCUUGGAAGUUGUGAUAUAUCUGAAGUUCCAACCGUCAAAGAUCUUGGAUAUGAAGAUGCUAAACUGGAGGAGUUCUCUCCUUUCAUAGGAGGUGAAUCGGAAGCGUUGAAGAGAUUGGAAGAAUGCAUGAAAGACAAGAAGUGGGUGGCAAAUUUUGAGAAACCUAAGGGUAAUCCAUCAGCAUUUCUUAAGCCAGCAACAACUAUUUUAUCACCUUACUUAAAAUUUGGUUGCCUCUCUUCCAGAUAUUUCUACCAAUGCAUUCAAGAUGUAUACAAAAGUUUGCCAAAACAUACGUCACCUCCUGUUUCUCUUCUAGGACAGUUGUUGUGGCGGGAGUUCUUUUACACAGCAGCUUUCGGGACACCUAAUUUUGAUAAGAUGAAAGGCAAUAGGAUAUGCAAGCAGAUUCCUUGGAAGGAUGAUGAUAAACUUCUAGAGGCUUGGAGAGAUUCUAAGACAGGAUUUCCAUGGAUUGAUGCUAUCAUGGUCCAGCUACGCCAAUGGGGUUGGAUGCAUCAUUUGGCACGACAUUCUGUUGCUUGUUUUCUAACUCGAGGAGAUCUGUUUGUUCAUUGGGAAAAAGGACGCGAUGUCUUUGAGAGGCUUCUGAUUGAUUCAGAUUGGGCCAUUAAUAAUGGAAACUGGAUGUGGCUCUCGUGUUCGUCUUUCUUCUAUCAGUAUAAUCGUAUUUAUUCCCCAACCACAUUUGGUAAGAAGUAUGACCCUAAUGGUGACUUUAUUAGGCAUUUUCUCCCGGUUUUAAAAGAUAUGCCCAAGGCGUACAUCUAUGAACCAUGGACUGCUCCUCCAAGCAUCCAGACCAAAGCAAAUUGCAUAAUUGGAAGAGACUACCCAAUGCCAGUUGUUUCUCACGACUCUGCAAGUAAAGAGUGCAAAAGGAAAAUGGGCGAAACAUAUGCAUUGAAUAAAUCGCUGAAUGGUUUGGUUGGUGAAGAUGAUCUGAAAAACUUGAGGAGGAAAUUGGAUGAGGGUGAAGAACAAGAAACAAAAGCUAAAAAAAGAUCUAGGCAACUGCUAAUUGGCUGA